AUGUCCGAAAAAGACCCCGAGUUCGCGCCAGACGAUAUCUUCAGAAACGAUGUUAUCAGAUCUUUCUCCUGGUCAGACAUUAACGUUCAGGUGAAAGACAGAAGGACGAACCAGCCAUUGAAGAUCCUAGAUUCCUGUAAUGGUCAUGUUGAAGCUGGUCAGUUAGUUGCUCUUAUGGGACCUAGUGGAAGUGGCAAGACGACCCUCCUCAACGUCCUUGCACAUCGUUCUCAAACUCCCUGGACAGGAGAGACCAAGGCCAACGCAAGUUCUGUCAGUAAAGAGAACCUACGCCGUAUAUCGGGAUAUGUCGAGCAAGAAGAUGCGUUGACAGGCAGCCUUACUGUGCGCGAAACAAUCGACUUUUCAGCGAAGCUCGCUUUGCACGGCCUAAGUGCCUCUACGAGACGUGCAAUUGUGCAGAAUUUGGUUGAUGCAUUCGGACUGAACCGGCAAGAGCACACAAUCAUCGGAACUCCGUUACGGAAAGGAAUCAGUGGAGGACAGAAGCGUCGCGUUAGUGUAGCAAGCCAGCUGGUCACUUCACCGAAAGUCCUCUUCCUCGAUGAACCUACUAGCGGUCUUGAUUCAGCUGCAAGUUUCAACGUCAUGCAAUUCAUAUCGAGCGUCGCCAAAAAGCAUGGCCUGAUCGUUAUUGCAUCCAUCCACCAGCCUGCGACGACCACCUUUCAACUUUUCGACCAACUGCUUCUUCUAGCCAAAGGGAGGACAUGCUAUUUUGGGCCAGUUCAAGAGGUAUCCGAUUACUUCAAUUCUAUCGUCCCUAUGCCUCUGCAUACAAACCCAGCCGAGUUCUUGCUUGACCUCGUCAAUACAGACUUUGACAGCACAGUCGCGGACCAAUCGGGUCCGAGGCUAGCCGCUAUCUGUGACCUUUGGAGCACUUCUCAGAUGUACAAAACGCUUCAAUCCGCGGUCUCGACAUCACCAACUAAGACAAUAGAGCCCAUCUUUAAAACGUCACGACUGGGACAUCCAUCUCGUCCAGACAUCCCGCUCAUUCUCCUGCAUCGCAGCUUCAUCAAGUCGUACCGCGAUGUCCUCGCCUACGGUACACGCGUUGCAAUGUACAUUGGCCUUGCAAUUAUGAUGGGCACAGUGUGGCUGCGUCUUGACUAUACACAGGCGUCCAUCCAGCCCUUCGUUAAUGCGCUGUUCUUUGGGGGCGCCUUCAUGAGCUUCAUGGCCGUGGCAUAUGUUCCUAGUAUCAUCGAAGAUAUCCAUACCCUGCGCAAGGAACAUGCCAAUGGCCUAUAUGGACCUCUGAGCUUUGUGAUUGCCAACUUCCUGGUCGGUCUUCCGUGGCUGCUGCUCAUCACUCUCGCCUUCAGUAUCAUCGUCUACUGGCUGUCGAACUUUCGUGAUACCGCGGGCGGAUUCUGGAUAUGGGUGCUCUGGCUAUUUCUCGAUCUAGUCGCCGCAGAGAGCUUGGUGGUACUGCUCAGUGCCAUCUUCCCUAUCUUCGUUGUGGCUCUGGCGGCGACAGCCUUCGCCAAUGGACUAUGGAUGAGCGUUGGUGGCUUCCUCGUCCCAAUGGGCACUCUCAAUGUGUUCUGGAAGUACGCGUUCCAUUACAUCGAUUACCAAGCCUACGUCUUCCAAGCCAUGAUGGUCAAUCAAUUCAAAGAUACCAUUUACGACUGUGAUCGAGUCAAUGAUGGCGGAUAUUACUGCAUGUACCCAAGCGACCUGCAAAAUCAAGGCAAGACUAGAGGCACGGCAGUUCUCGAUGCCUAUAACUACUCAUACGAGGAUGGCAAGAUGUGGGAAUGGCUCGGGAUAAUGCUUGGUAUUAUCGUUGGGUAUAGGAUUCUUGGAUAUGUUGCAAUGUGGUUCAGGCUGCGCAGGAACUGA